AUGCGGUGCCCGCAGUGUCAUAGCGACAAUGUCGAAUUCGACAAUUCGCAAGCCAUCUGUCAGGCUUGUGGUAACGUCCUGGCAGAAUCGCAAAUCGUCUCAGACGUCACCUUUGGAGAGACGUCAGCUGGAGCAGCCACUGUCCAGGGAUCCUACCUCUCUCAAGACCAAUCUCACGUACGCUCAUCCAAUCCACGCUUCAGAUCGGGAGGUUCAGGAGAAUCGAGGGAGCAGACGCACUAUCGCGCAAAGGAGGCAAUCGAUCGUAUGGGAAGGGCCCACCGCGUCGGCUUCUCGACGAGGGAGAGGGCCAAUCGCAUGUUCAGGCUAGCAUUGGCAGGAGAAGUUCACGAAGCGCGAACAGUGGGUCAAGACCCCACCAAGAACUUCGUCCUAGGUCGCAAGCACGAGUACACUGUAGCCGCAUGCCUCUACGUCGCCUGCAGGAUGGACAAGACGACCCACAUGCUCAUCGACUUUGCUGACUCGAUGAACAUAAACGUCUUUACACUUGGUCGACACUACCUCAAACUCAUUCGCGCACUUAACCUCCAGCUGCCCGUCAUCGACCCGGCCAUCUACAUCUUGCGCUUCGCUGCUCUCCUCCAUUUUGGUGAAGAGGUCCACAGGGUAGCCGCCGAUGCAACACGCCUCGUCAAGCGAUUCGACAAGGACUGGAUCAUCCAAGGACGCAGGCCAGCAGGUGUUUGCGGCGCAGCUCUCCUCCUAGCAGCUAGGAUGAACAACUUCCGUCGCUCCAUGAACGAGAUUGUACAAGUAGUCAAGAUGGCAGACGUCACCAUUCGCGAACGACUGAAGGAGUUCAAGCGUACGCCUACCGCACAACUCUCCGUCGCUGACUUCAAAAAGGUGUGGUUAGAGUCAGAGUAUGAGCCCCCUGCCUUUUAUCGACCUGCGAUGGAGGAAGAGCGCAAGGCGCAAAAGGAGGCCAGGGCGCUGGCAAAGGAGGAGCAAAAUAGGCUCAAGGAGGAGCGCAAGGCUGAGCGUCUCGCAAAGAAGUUCAAGCAGGGAAGUGCUGCCGUCGAGGACGAGGGCCUAGCUGAUCAGACAGGUGAACAGGCUGCUGGCGAAGACGAGGCACUGGACCCCGAGGCGGACGCAAUGGUCCAGCGCAUGCUGCAAGAUGAGAUGGGACAGUACAUCGAUGACCCACGAUAUCGUGACUUGGACCAGCAAUUGGAGCAGCACAACGCCGCUGCCAUGGAGAGGGCGCGAUUGGGGGGUGCUACCGUGGGCACUGCGCCCGAGUUGGAGAUGAAUGAGUUUAGGCAGCGUCGUGCCGUCGAUGAGGAGGACGAGGAUGAGGACGGGCAAAACCAGAGUGGCGGCAAGCAGCAAGAGGAGCAGGGCCAAGUCGAGGGCGAGCCCUCAUUCAACGACCUCGUGCCGAAGGAGAGCGCGACGCAGGGCGAGAAUCACGAGCGAGCGGCUGGCCCCUCAACUUCGACAUCUUCGACUCGCCGCCUCAAGUACUCCCAGCUCUCCCACGGCGCGCCCAUAGACGACCCGCUCACCGACCUAGACGAAGACGAGCUCGACCAAUUCAUCCUCGGCCCAGAGGAAGUCGCAAUCAAGGAGCGCGUCUGGAUGGAAUUCAACCACGACUACCUCGUCGCAGCCAUGAAACGUCAGCUCAAGGAGGAGGCAGACGAAAAGGCCGGUAUACGCAAGAAGCGCACGAGAAAGCCGCCGCCUAAGCCUCGCGACGCAAGCACAGCUACGGGCGCCACGGCCGAGGAAGCUGCGAGGGCCAUGAUGGAGAAGAAGACGCGCCAUCAGCCCAAGAGUAGGAAGAUCAACUACAAUGCCAUGGCUGGGAUCGGCAGCAUGUUCGACAAUGAAAAGUCUCACAAGAAGAAGAAGAAGGGCAGCAAGAAGAAAGGAGAUAAGAGACAGCGUGUGAGCAGCGGUGGCGAGGGGUCUGGUACAGAAGGCGAAGCGACCGGUGCAAGAGGCGCGACGUCGGAGCUCGAGCCCGUAGAGGAGGAAGGAGACGAAGUGCCCCGCAACGAUCCGCGUAGGCGAACGGAGAGCAAGGCCAAUCGUAAGCGCAAGGCCUCUUCUGCUGCGAGGAGUGGCGGGGCUACAUCCGAGGGCGAGGAUACGGGUGGAGAGACGACGGAUCUGGGUACGCAGAGGGGAGAUACGGACGGUGGCGAGGAUGGCGAGGCGGACGAGGGCGACAUGGAAGCACAGAUGCGCGCCCGUAUGGGGGCGAUGUACAGCCAGCCGGUCGACGACUACGAGGGCGAGGAGGCCUACUGA